AAUCUGUACCCCCAACUACCCCUGCGCUGCGCCCCACUCGACCCGAGCCUCCAUUCUCGCUUUCUCUCGCUCUCUCUCUCUCUCUCUGUCUGUCGCUCUCGUCUCACAUGCAGUGAAGCACACCCCCUCCAAACACCUGCCGCCACACACCGACAUCCAUCAUCGCACCAUCCCCCCGCCCGGCGACCAAGAGACCCCAGCGCUCCGUUUCUGGGGUUACGAUUCCUCAUUCUCGUCCUCCUCUUGGCCUCUUGCGCGAUUGCCGCAUCUCCGUGAUCGCCGCCUCUGCAACGCUCGAUAUCAAUGAUAGGAAAUACAAAAUUGAUAGGAGAUGCUUCUGUAAUACCCCCUUCCCCUAGAGACCCCACCUUGGCGCAAUGACACUCUACUCCCUUUUCCUCGCGCCUGCCACUGCCCUGCUCUGUCAGGGAAAGAGGGCUCUGCCUAGGAGAGAGCCUUCGAUUCCAUCUUCUGCUGCAUCCUCCUGAUAGUGACCAGAGCAUGAAGGAGAAGCACUUUUGGAACCCUCCGACUGCUGCCUUCGGUUGAAGUCCCUGCGCCUCCUGCCUCAUUCCGUCCGCUGCUCUAUCAAAAGCCAUAAUGUGUGUUGGGGUUUGGAGACCUGACCUUUGAUGGCUGUCAAGCACCACAUCCUGUUUUCCAGGCUUAGAGUUCUUGGAUUUUGUCGAGUUCUGUCAUCCUGCACCCCUCAGGCGCUCUCUGAAGUACUUGCCUCCAUCGGCAGCCUUGAUGAUAUCGAAGCUAGCCUUAAUCAGUUAGAUGUUGAGGUUACACCAGCAAUUAUCACUCAAGUCAUCAAUUCUUGUAACUGCAAUACGGGCGGCGGCAGCAGCAGCACCCGAAAGCUUCUUCGUUUCUUCUCCUGGUGUCGGUUGAAGAACCCUGCUGCCCUGGGGGAAGAGGCCUUCAACCAUGCGAUCCAGACCUUUGCAGAGUUGGGCGAUAUCACUGCCGUGGGCAUCUCUAUCGCAGAUCUGCACAAGGAAGGAGGGAAGUUGUCCCCGGCAACAUUCUCUUUGGUGGCUGAGACUCUUGUCAAAGCAGGCAAGGAGGACGAGGCCGUCCGCCUAUUGAGGGACUUGGAGAGGAAGAAAUUGUUGCCAUGUUGUGAUGGCACGGGGAAAAGUGUCUGGUCGAGCAGCCUUGCGAUUGUCCACGCGCUGUGCGCUAAAGGCCAUGCCCGCAAGGCACAGGGCGUCAUCUGGCACCACAAGAGCGAGCUCUCAGUGGGUUUCGCUGCUAGUGUUGUGCAACGGAGCCUCCUUCAUGGGUGGUGCGUCCGUGGGAACAUCAAGGAGGCCCGCCGAGUGAUGGGUGACAUGAAGUCACUAGGCAUUCUGCUGGGUCUCCCGUCGUACAACGACCUCCUCCGAUGCAUCUGCUACAGAAACCUCAGAUUCAAUCCUUCUGCCCUCGUCUCAGAAGCCACAGAUUUGUUGGCAGAGAUGAGGUCCUGUGGCAUUCUUCCCACUGCCUCCAGCUUCAACAUCUUGCUAUCUUGUCUUGGCAAGGUGAGGAGAGUAAAGGAAGCUUAUGGAAUCCUCUACUUGAUGCGACAGGGAAAGGCAGGAUGCUCCCCUGACUGGGUCAGCUACUAUCUUGUUAUCAGAGUACUGUAUCUUUCAGGGAGAUUUGUUAGGGGUAAUAAGCUCAUGGAUCAGAUGCUUGAUGAUGGGUUGAGUCCAGAUGUCAAAUUCUACCAUGGUCUGAUUGGUGUUCUCUGCGGAGUGGAGAAGGUGGACCAUGCCCUCAACGUGUUUGAGCAAAUGAAGAAGUUUUGUGCACGGAACACUGGACCAACCUAUGAUCUGCUGAUAGCCAAACUUUGUAGGAAUGGAAAAUUUGAGCAAGGAAGGAAUCUAUGGAAUGAAGCUGUGCAGAGGGGAAUCACUCUUAGAUGCUCAAGAGAUCUGUUGGAUCCUCUAAAAACAAUAGUUUUUAAACCAAGGCGACCGGUGAACAAGUUGCACCCAUGGGACUACAAGAAGGUAGGGUAUAGGCGGAUUAAGAGAGCUGCUCGAACCAAUAUGAAGAUGAAAAGGAGAAAGCCACACAAGUUUAUUAGCUGAGGCCAAAUGCUUUUGCGGAUUGCUUGAGAGCAGAGUAAUAAGGUUGUAGCGUCUGAUCUUAAUUUGGAUCCGGGAUUGCACAUGAAGGACGUACUAAUAAGCACUCAACCAUGUUGGACUCUCUUCGCUCUUCCGACGUCACUCUUGUUGCCAAUCAAAUGCAUACCAUUUUUUGCCUGGUGGAAUGAGACCUGGGAAUAGUUUUUUAGUCUCAAUUAUUUUUCCACCGAGUGUAUCAGAAAAUGUUCGGAUGAAAUCAGGUGUGCUAGGUAAGUGUGUCAUGUAUUUUCAGGACUGGCCAUAUCGAUUGAUAAUUCUCAAUCAAGUUUGCUUUCAGGAUCUGAUAUUUGUCUUGUAAAAACUGUCUGCGGAAUCGGCAGUUACUCUAUUAGAUCAAGUCAAAUGAAGAAUUACUGAAUCCUCCGUUUAGGAAACCUCCUUAAACUGGAUGGAGUUGAGGAGCUAGUUCUCCAAAUCGUGAAUACAGGUGAAGAACUCUACCUCUACGCACGAAUAUGAGUGAAGAGAUCUACAUCUACCGGAGGAUGCCCCUGAUUAAGCGAGGUUAAUGUAUUGGCCCUAACUUCUUGGAAAGACCCUCCCUUCCUUUAUUUGAGGAAAGUGAUCGAAAGGGAACAAGAGAAUUUGCAUGCUAAGCACAAUUCUGCUGUUUACAGAUAGCUGGUCCCUUUUGCUUAGACGUGCAAUCCUAGAAAGACAAAAGAUUAAGUUCCCAAGGUUGGUUAUUGUUUUGAUUUUCCAUACGAAUUUACUGUACAUGUUGUUGUCACGAUGUGUUGACACAUUUAUUAUAAUAAUUUUAGAAUGCGUAUGUAAAUCAAUUAUAGUCUUCCACCUUGUGCAUGACUAGUAAUAUAUUACUAAUAUAUAAGAAUAAUAUUUUGAAGGAUA